AUGUAUACACUAAAAAAUCUUCCUAGGGCAGUCGCCCUGUCUGCAUUUGCAUUCUCAACCUUAUCAUCGGCGGAUAUAUGUUCCACCGUCCAAACCGAAACAAACGCCGUCCAAGAACCUCUUUCCAUCGCCUACGAGUCAGAACUUCAGGAUUACUGGUCUGAGGCAUGCUCAGCCCUACGGCCAACCUGUAUCGUCUUCCCUACUAGCGCCGAAGAAGUAUCGGAGAUCAUUGCCACGCUGCAAGGCACCGAUGACCUCUUUCAGAUCAAGUCUGGUGGGCAUAUGCCGAAUAAUGGGUUCUCGAGCAUACAGGGUGGGUUGUUGAUUGCGACCAAGAAUUUGAAUAAUGGGGUUGCGUAUGACGCGGAGACGCAGACGGCUAAGAUUGGGCCUGGACUGACAUGGUCGGAGACUCAGGAUGGGCUUGCUGGGACGGGUAGGACGGUCGUUGGUGGGAGGUUGGGAGGUGUUGGUGUGGGAGGAUACAUCCUUGGCUGUGGAUUGAGUUUCCUGAGUUCUCAAUACGGCUGGGCAGCGAAUAAUGUGGUUGAUUUUGAGGUCGUUUUGGCUAAUGGAACAAUCACUCAUGCAAACAAUUCGACUAACACAGACUUGUUUGCUGCUUUGAAAGGAGGCGGAAAUAACUUCGGCAUCGUCACUCAAUACACUCUACAGACACAUCCUAUCUCAGAUCAGGUCUGGGGUGGUGUCCUCACAUUCUCAUACGAUAAAUCUUCUCAACUACUGCAAGCUAUCCGCGAUUUCACCGAAUACUACCCCGAUGACAAAGCAGCCAUCAUUCCUACAUGCGAACAUACUGCUCUCUUCACGGAGUGGUUUGUGUUCGUUUUUUAUGAUGGUCCUACUCCUCCGGAUGGUAUUUUCAAUAAUUUUACGGAUAUUGGAGCGGACCUAAACACGGCUCAGACGUGGGAUUCGUAUUAUGACUUGCUUCAAGAUAAUGACAAUUACGAUUUACACGGCCAACGCUAUGCCAUUGCCACAGAGACAACACCUCUACCCAACGCAACCGUGGGCGUUGAAGUAAUGACAGCCCUCUUCGAGACAUUCUACAACACCACAUCCGAAGUGCUUCUAGACACAGGCGUGAUCGGCACAAUCGCAUUCCAGCCUAUGCCGCGCACCAUCACCAGUAAAGCCAUUGCUUUAGGCGGCGACCUCCUCUCCUUCCCGGACACAAACGACUACAUAAUCAUGGAACUCGACAUCUCGCACUCCCUCGCCAGCGACGACGACACCACUGAAGCUGCCAUUCAGCAGCUCUACACCGCGCUAGAUAACCAUAUCCAGAACUUCAUUGCUGAAGGCGUAUUGCCAGACGUGUAUAGGCCAUUGUUCAUGAACGAUGCACACGGAACACAGGAUUAUUGGGGUCGAAUCAGUACUGCGGAUGAGGCGAGAACAGUUCGGGAGAAAUAUGACCCCGAGCUGUUUUGGCAGAAGAGAACUAGUGGUGGAUUUAGGCUUGGGUAG